CUUCAGGCCUGUCUCUAUCAUAAAGGUCUAGGAUAGCCCACAAAGAUGAACCGUGCUGGUAACCGCGAGGGAAUCAUUAGCGUUCUUAUGCAACGCAGUAUAAUAGCAGAGACACCCAAACUAUGCUCUACUUCGACCAAGUCAUCGACCAGGUCCUGAACCACCCGAACCCUUGGGUGCUUGCCGUCAAUGGUUUAGCUUGGUUCGCAAUCGCCUGGGCUUGUGAUUCGGAGCUACGAAUCGCUCUUGUCAUUGGACGAUACUUCCGAGAUGAUUCAAGGUUGAAGCCACACCGGCUCGAUGAUUGGGAUAGAGACGGGGCCGAGGAUGAAAUCAGAAGAAUCCUCAACAGGAUAGCUGCCGUCAUCGGCGCGGUCAUCAUGGCAGGCUCGGGUCUCGCUUGGUAUCACUCUCGAGCGGGUCUAUUCGACGGCAUGUUUUUUGCGAUCCUAAGCAUCCAACUGGCUCUAGCUUUAGAUCGGAUUUACGGUUGGUCGCAUCCCGAUACAGGGCUCUUGCCCGCAGGGCCAGCAGACUAUCAUAUCGGUGUCUUCCGGACAGACGAACAAGGUAGACCGUCAAUUGGAUGGCGAGACAGUCCAGCCAUCCAGCUAGCUACUGUUCAAAUCCUAGCUGCCGGACUAUCUGCCAUGCUGGUCCUGAGGACAGAGGCAGACGAGCACGGGUUAUGGACAACCUUGGCCCUCUUGACGAACGUCGUCGGUGCGGCUGGUGCGACGGAUAGGAAGAGGCCGUAUGAGAUCAGAAAGUGGUUUCUGCAGAUCCUCUGGGGCAUUCUAGGCAUCACUGGGUUCAUCAUUUCUCUUUUGAUCCGAGGAUGGUGGAAUGAUACCCGGGUCGACCUUAGUCCGGUCAGCCGUGCAGAUGCUCAGAAGAGCUCGUCGCAGCACCUGCUGGGUCCGGCCGUACUCGCUUCAUUCUUGCAGUUGUCAGCGACCAGCGCAUGCGUGGACGUUAUUAUUGCACAGUUGGCCGUGCUAUUGCGUUUUGAUCAAGCUCGUUACGAUUCGGAAGAACGCUAUAGGCUUGCCGAUGAGGCAUCCUCUGUGGCCAGAUCACAACAAAGCCUGGAAAAGGCUGCUCAACCCGAGAUCAAUCUGCGACGCAUCCCUGGGUAUUUUGAAUCGCCCCGGUUCCUUAAGCCCACCUAUCGAGCUGGUCUGGCAGGCGCAGCUCUUGGGUCGACCUGCGCUAUGCUUAUCUUUCCUCAACGCCAAGCAACCGUCUUUUGGGUGUACCUGGGCGCUGUCGGAUACGUCACCUUUGUCGCGGCCAGUCUGACGCUGCAAGGCCGCUGGGAAGACUUUUGGAAAUACGAGGAGAGAUACAUACCCGAGGGAACCAAGAUGCCGCAAGAAGCGGAGAAGACUGAAGAACAGGAAAAGCUUAUUAUCUCGGCCUGAACGAGCUCGGCUGCUUGAUCGAAACGACUGGUCGUUUCAAUCGUUGCCAUAUGUAUAACAUUUAUAAGACAAGUGAUACUGUCUCGCCAAGACAGACCCGUCAAAUCCGAGAUCGUAGCUUCGCUUCAUUCAUUUACCUUAUCUUGAUUGAUACUCCGCUACGGCCUAAUUCGAUGCUUCUCGCUCGACGUCCGUCACCUGAUCUUCCUUGAGCAGCGACGAUGACGUCUCAGAC